AUGCCUUCAGUAUAUACAUUUCUGAAACGGAGUGAUAAUGAUAUUCUUCAAGAGCUUCUUAGAGUACUAGGAACGGGGCGAGGCUCUGUCAAAGAGAAAUGGAGCAUUGCUGCUGAGUGCCUGGUUGAAACCGGAUGUGAUGCAAUUUGGAAGCUUUCAAAAGAUUUCUGUAAAAAGUUUGAACUCAGAUUUCCAUGUGUUGCAUAUGUAACAAUUACCUCUGUAGUUUUUGAAGAUUUGAGUGCUACACUUGAAGUAGCAAGUGUUCAGCAUGAGUCAAUGUCUUUGCCCGAAGUGGUGCCAGAUGUUCCGCUCAUAGAACUAUGGCCAACAAUAGAACAAAGGGAAGACUAUGUAAAUGCAGCUACUACAGCAUCGUUCAUUGAUGUUCUAAGAUUCUUCUACAGCAACAUUUGGAUGCCAUGGGAUGACCAAGAUGGCUCAAUAGUAACACCAAAAACUAUAGAAGAUCGAAUGGGAUUGUGGUUUGACCUACAUAGUGGUAUUAUAAAUAGUAGAGUUGCCAGAUCAAUUAAAUUUCAAAGAACCAGUGCUAUUAAAGCUCACGAAGAUUUAUUAGAACUUGAAUCAUUAUUCAGUGAAGAUAGUGAUGAAAAUGAUUCAAUGCUACCAGCAGACAAUAUGCUAUUUCGAUGUGCUGAGUUAAAUGCGAAACUGGAGUCAAUUAAAGCACAAUGGAGUAAUUUAUAUGAGAAUGCAACAGUACGAGAGCAAUAUUUAGCACAAGAGAGAAAUAAAUGGCAAAAGGAUAAAAACAAAAUAAAUUGUAUAGCAAUAUGGCCAGGGGGACAAAGUGAUGAAUUUUAUGAUAUAUCAAAUAUCCUUCAAUCUCACCUGACAAGUAGUCAUUCACUAACCAUUACAACUUCUGCUGAGGAUGGAUUAUCCCGAGAUCCAGAUGAAGUAAUCAUUUGUUGCCAAGAAUGUGAAAUACCUGAGAUACAGUUAUUAGAUAUAUCUAUAUGUAGUUGGAAAGGUGCAACUCUAAAAGCGUCAGAGAUGCGGGCCUACCUCUUAAUGCUGGGAGAAAAAUGCAGACUAAAACAUCUGACUCUGGAGUGUGGGCAGGUGUCCACUGCAGUAGUGAUGAAAGCCGGGACAUUGGAAGUCACUGACUGUAAUAUUAUCAACAGCCAACGGAUGGAUUUGACGCAAGGCAUUGUCGCAAAAUCUGGGACGAAACUAACUUUAAAUAAUUGUGUGCUUGAGAAUUUCUUCUCUGGAAUUGUUGUACACAAAAAUUCAGAGAUUGAACUGAACAACUGUAUUAUUCGUAAUUGUGGUGUUGGUAUUCAAAUGUACCCGGAGUGUCAAGUCCAGUUGAAAGAUACAGUAAUAGAGAGCUGCAGAGAACAAUGCAUUCGCGGGGAGAGUUGCCCAAAGGAUAAAAAUAGUAUCAAAGGACUUCAAAUAGGAGAUAACUGUAAAAUAGGUUCAGGAGAUUUGAAGAAGGAAAUAUUAGUAGUAGAAGCACCUGAAAUUUGA